CCAGACUGAGGUUACUACGGUGAUUUGCGCAAACAAAGAACUAAAAAAGCUUGUCAACAUUAGUGGGCAACUUGACACUGUCAAACGUGUGAUCUGUAUGGAUGAUGAGAUUCCAACUAGUGCAAGUGGUAGAUGGACAAUCACUUCUUUUGCUGACGUGGAGAGAAUUGGCUGUGAAAAUCCUGUUGUUGCUGAUUUACCUCUUUCAGCUGAUGUUGCAGUUAUAAUGUAUACUAGCGGAAGUACUGGAUUGCCUAAGGGUGUGAUGAUGACACAUGGCAAUGUCCUAGCUACUGUUUCUGCAGUCAUGACAAUUGUUCCUGGACUUGGAAGCAAGGAUGUUUAUCUUGCAUAUUUACCCCUUGCUCAUAUUCUUGAAUUAGUAGCUGAGAAUUUAAUUCCUGCUGUUGGAGGGGUCAUAGGAUAUGGAGCCCCUUUGACUCUCACUGACACUUCUAGCAAGAUAAAAGCUGGAACAAAGGGGGAUGCCACUGUGUUGAGUCCAACUGUGAUGGCUUCUGUCCCAGCAAUUCUUGAUCGUGUUCGAGAGGGAGUGCUGAAGAAGGUAGAUGCAAAGGGUGGACUAUCCAAGAAAUUGUUUGACUUGGCUUAUGCCCGUAGAUUAUCUGCAAUAAACGGUAGUUGGGCUGGUGCUUGGGGCCUGGAAAAGCUAUUGUGGAACUUUCUUGUCUUUAAAAAGGUCCGAGCAAUUCUAGGUGGUCGCAUUCGAUUUUUACUAUCUGGUGGUGCUCCUCUAUCUGCAGAUACUCAGAGAUUUAUCAACAUCUGUCUUGGUGCUCCAAUUGGCCAAGGGUAUGGUCUGACUGAGACUUGUGCUGGUGCCACCUUCUCUGAGGUUGAUGAUACAUCUGUUGGGCGUGUUGGUUCGCCACUUCCUUGCUCUUUUGUUAAGUUAAUAGAUUGGCCUGAAGGUAGAUAUUUAAGUAGUGAUUCACCAAUGCCUCGUGGAGAAAUAGUGGUUGGUGGUCCAAGUGUAACACUCGGAUACUUCAAAAAUGAAGAAAAAACAAAAGAAGUGUACAAGGUUGAUGAGAGAGGAAUGAGGUGGUUCUAUACUGGUGAUAUAGGACAGUUCCAUGCUGAUGGUUGCCUUGAGAUAAUUGACCGUAAAAAGGACAUAGUCAAACUUCAGCAUGGGGAAUAUGUCUCUUUAGGAAAGGUUGAGGCUGCUCUCAUCAUCAGUACCUAUGUCGACAAUAUUAUGUUGCAUGCUGAUCCAUUUCAUAGUUAUUGCGUGGCUCUUGUGGUGGCUUCUCAGUGUGCAGUGGAAGAUUGGGCUUCAAAACAAGGAGUUGCUUUUACUGAUUUUGCAGACUUGUGUGAGAAGGAAGAAACUGUCAAGGAAGUACAUUCGUCUCUUGUUCUGAUUGCCAAGAAGUCACGUUUGGAGAAGUUUGAGAUUCCUGCAAAAAUCAAAUUGCUUUCUACUCCUUGGACUCCAGAAUCUGGCCUUGUCACUGCAGCUCUCAAGAUCAAGAGAGAGGCCAUUAGAAAAGCUUUCUCUGAAGACCUGGCUAAGUUAUAUACGUCAUAGUUUCGAGAGGACUUACGCUUCUACUGGUGACUGCCAAUCUUGAAGAAUGGAAGACUAGUGUGAGAUAAUAUGAUCAAUCCUACAUUUACACAUUCCUUGUUUUGUUUUGUGUUUAACUAUAUAUUCUUUCUUUGAGCUUUAUCUUUGCAAUUCAUGUUUUAUGCUAAAGGAACUACAGACAAACACUGUUUUUUGCCUGUCUUCAAACAGGGUUGUUAGAUGCAAAUCUCUUUCCUUGGGUUCCACAUGUACUUGUCUGUGCUUAAAGCAAACCGAAAAGGUUUUGUUGUUUAUCUUUGCCUUGAUCCAUUA